AUGAGGAUGCCGGGACAGAACGACAGGGCACGAAGGUGUCUGGAUUUGACCGCCCCUCAGGAAGUCAGAGGGGUUGAGGUUGUUCGAGGACGUGUAGGAUACGGGUUCACCUUAUCAGGACGAGGCCCGUGCCUCUUGAGUGGUAUAUUGGAGGGGAGCCCUGCAGACCUGGUGGGACUAAAGCAGGGGGAUUGUAUAGUGAGCGUAAACGGAAUCGAUGUGGCAAAGGCUUCCCACGAGGCUGUGGUGCAGUUGAUUGGCACCUGUAAAGGACCCUUGCGGUUGGUGGUGCUUGUCGGGACCUGGCCCACGGUGGACCACUCUGGCAACUCGUCAUGUAACUCAGUAAACGCCACUCCAUUUCAGCCAAGGCCUUUGUCAGAACCGGACAUGUCCCACUGGACCCAACCGUGGAACUCCAAAACCCAACCUGGCUUCCUGUCUGAGGAGGAAACCGCCAGAGUGGCAGACAUCAACUCUGUUUUAAAUGACCAGGAGAAUUAUGUGAAUCCAGACUGGAGAAUGCUGAACACAGCCAUGGUGGUGGGCUACUUGGGCUCUACUGAACUGAUCUUGGCCUUGUCCUGCCCCAGCUCAGAGGACGACUGCCUACAGGUGAUCCGCAGGUGUAUUAGACAUAUGGGCACUGAGCAGGAGACCCACACGCUGGUGAUGAUGAAGAUCAUGUUCGACUGCGUCCGCCUCUGUGACGACGCCGGAGCCGUCCUGGCAGCCUUCCCUGCUGAGAACCUUGUCGUGGGAGUUGUGUGUUCCGAGGACAGGCGCUUCUUUUGCCUGGUCACCACUGCACACGUCUCUGGUGGCCAUGUGGGAAAGAACGGUCCCCUGAGGUCCUCCUGCCAUGUCUUUUUCAUCGACCCCGAGCUGUGCCACCACAGUGACCACCUGGGCAUCGCCGGGCGCUUCGGCUUUGACUGUAUCCCCGACCCAGACACCCAGGGCUGCCAGGAGUUCCCCCUCACUCCCCCCUCCGUCCUUCAGUUUGUGUCUGUCUUAUACUGUGACAUGGGGGAGGCGGUGGAGAGGUUUAGAACCAGGCUGGACAGAGAGUCUGCCCACCACCUCCACACUCAACAGAACAGCAGCAGAGCCUGCAAGAAUGGCAGUGCCAGCAGCAACAGAGACAGCGGGAUCGGAAACGCCUCCCCCCCUGAGGAGAGAGCGGACAGGGAUUUCCCAAUCGCCCACGGAAGUGACCCCGGGGGCAACCUCCCCAGCUGUCCAUGGGAGGAUUACCCCCAGGCCGAAGAAAACCUCACCCAAAUAGUAGCUCACCAAAAUAGCCGCCUAAACUUAAACGGCCAUCCUAAUCCGGGAAGCACACAUUCCCUUUCCGAAUCUCGACCGGGCCCAGCGUUGUUAACCGGGCCAUCCGGAGGCCCUCCUCCCAGGUUAGAGUUUCAGUUCAAGCCCCCGCCACCGCCUUACCCUGUGGGUAAGAACCAGAACCUAACAGAAGGAGGAGGCCCCUUCAGAAGCAGUCAACGCCGGUUCUCUAUGAGCGUCAAGCAGAGGUGGCCUAGGGGCCACAGUGGAGAGCCUGAUUCCCAGGCAACACCGGCCACUAACAGCUGGUCAGGACCAGCCACGGUGGGUUGCACCAACGCCCUGCCACUCCCCAUAAGCCAGAUCCCACCAGACAGGUACCAGGCAGCGGAGACCAUGACGCUGCUGCCCCAGAGGCAGGAGUGGGCCAAACGACUCUGGAGAGCAGAAUCUGGAGAGCUGCUAAAUGGAAAGCCCAGGAGAGAUGACAAUACCAAGGUGAGAUAAGAAGAGAGAAUGUUGUUGUGUUGAUGAUUCUGUGAUGUGUGUGUGUUUACAUAAUGUAUAAGCCAGAGUUUGUUUUUUCCAGGGUGUUCCCUAACCCAAAGUUAAGAUAGGAGAUUGUGCAAAGGAUGAACAAAAAUACCUUUGCAUGGUCCCUUCCUUUUUACAUCUUGUUUUGUUUCUUUAUUCCACAGGAAGUUUCAAGUUUUAUUAGUUGUAUGUACGGGGCACACAUGGCAUACACUAUCCAACAAAAUGAUUUAGUGCAGGUUCCUUCUCGACAAUGCAACAACAAUAAGAAAUAAUAAAAUAUAAGAAUAUGACCAUAAAGUAAACGGUUCAGUAGAAUAAACAUUUUAGUGUAAGUAUAAUACAGGAAGUCACAAUUUAUAGUCCAAUAUUUACACGUGCUUUGGGGAAGGGCGGAUUGGGGAGCAAGUGUUUUAAAUUGUGCAGUAUUUAGCAAUCAUAAUAAUAGUAUUGUAGCAGCAGUUGCAAUGUGUGUGUAGCAUGAAAGUUUUUGUGUUUCUAUUAGCUUUUUGUUCAACUUUAUUCCACAGGAGGUAAUACAUGGUUUGCAGGAGUCGAGUUGCCAGGCACUGUGAGGGUGGACAGCCCAUUCACUCUCACACCUAAUAUAAUACACCAUUUAAAAAUAAAAAAUAAAAACACCUGUUAACUUAUACCUCAAUUAUCACAUUUUCAUAAAUCCACAUCCAAGAUUUAGUUCCAAACAGGCUUUUAGUUGUUUUCCUGUCCCGGUUUCACUAUCUAGGGAAUUACUUUCCCUGUGGAAGAAGUACUUUGCUACUUAUUGAUGUUUUUUAGUUGACACAAGGAAAUGUGCAUUCCAAACUUGUGAUAUUUUGGUAAAAAUCCUAAAAACAUCUGAAAGAUCUUUUAAUAGCCAAUACAGAAAGUUUACCUUUUAUAAUAUGUUUCUCCUGUGGCUGCACUAUUGCAUCUCUGAGUGUAGAAAAAUAUGGAUGUGUGUAAUGAAUACUCGGACAGAGUGGUAAGAUCCAAUCGCAGAAUAGCGAUGCUUUAUUAGAGUACAGACAAGGGAAUAGCUUAAUCGUGGUCGGGCGGGCUGUGGUCAAAACCGGGCCAGGCAGAGACAGGCAGAGGUACCAAGGGAGCGGGCUUAGUCGUAGUCGAGGUCACAGACACAGGAUCAGAGGACGGUAAUCACUGGGGUAUACAAGCAGAGGAUUAAGCAAUUCGGGGAGUCAAACAACAAGGCACAGGUCGGAUACACGGGUAAUCAAAAACAACAAACUCUCUCUCUCUCUCGGAACAAAACGCUUAGCAAGUCACAAAGGAACAAUACCUCGCACCGACUGAGCUUCUGAGCACACCUUAAAUCCUACCCUAAUUACUGACAGGUGUGCUCAGAACUCAGGUGAACCAGAUCGAGUCUGAUGACUCCCCCUCUCAGUAGAUCGGGGAAGUGUCAGACUCUGUCUAGACCCAGCCAACCCCCGAUCCCUUACAAUGUGUUCCAUGGAAAUGCAGGCAUUUGGCAAAACAGAAUCUUUGCUUUGACAGAGUGGCAUAUUUAAGCAGAAUCUGGAAAGAAAUGGAGAGAAUCCUCCUCCACCAUCUGAUGUGUUUUUGCUUCUGCUCAUCUUUCCAGUGCAGAGAGCAGAUUCCCAGAGUCUGAUGAUAGGGGAAAAUAUGUGCGCUGUUUAUCAUUGAGUUAUUGUCCUGUGUGUAUAUGCCGGGAUGUAUCGCGUGUCUGUCUCUGUUCUGAAAAAGAAGACAAUUUUGCACAGGAAGCGAAGGAAAAUGACAGGGUAGAACCCAUGUGAUACCAUGGUAAUUACCUGCAAUUCUUUAUUCCAGCUCAAACAGGCUGGGCUCUCACCCAUCAUUAUAAUAGCAGGGCUGCUGGCGAAAUGCGUUUCUCAUGCUCGUUUAGCAUAUAGCAGUUAAACGGUGAGAUUAAGGUGCAGAUGAAAGGGGAGGAGUUGAGUUUGAUGGAGGCUUUUGAGAUAAAGCACUUCCUCAGCCCAAUUGGUGUCUGUGAAACCGAACUGAGACUAAUGGGCUUGACCAUGUUUGACAUGGGGCUCACUGUAAGUCUUGUGUGGCCAGUCCGUUAUUUUUAUACAAUCUGUGAGCCAAUCACAUUUGCCAUGAUGAGUUAUGUUGUCGGGCAGAAGGAGUUAGUUGCGUGUCAUGACCCCUGUUAUAUAAGGACACAGCAUAUGGCCUUAAGGUCAAGGCAGGAAGAACAUCUGUCAUCUUGGUUGGUUUACAUCAUCUUGGUUAAAUUGCCCAGUGAGAUAGUUCCUUAUCACCCUCUCCAAUGUUCUCCAAAAACUGCAAGCUUGUUUAAGCCUUGUCUAUUUUGUACGGAAGUGUAUUCCAGACAGAGGAAUGAUCAUGUUAAGCUGAUCGUUGAUACUAAUCCCUAAUGCUUACCUAAUAAGGUGUUAUGUCAUGUUUUUGUCGUGUUUAAGAUGGUGUUAUGUAGGCUCAUGACCAAUAACUAAGCAUGACAAAAACCACGAUAAGAUCAAUUGUGUCCAUGUAAUAGUGUGAUGUUUUGGCAGACAGUCAUUAAUGCUUAUGAUCUCUCUUCUCCCCUUGACAGGGCUCCAAGUUCUGGGGCAUCGGUGUGGGACGCUCCUCUGGCCGUCGCUUCUCUGGCCGUCGCUCAUUUGGACACUCCAAGAAGCUCAGCCUUGCACGAUCACUGGAUGACCUGGAGGUAGACCCAAUACAGUUCCAGUACAGUCAUUCAUGUAAAUGUUAA